GUCACGUGGGCGCCAGGCGGCGGCAGCGAUAGCCGAGGCGGCUCGUGCGGGGUUCCGGCUCCAGCGCGGGCUUGAGCUGCCGCAGCCGGGGCGCGGAGAAGUAGGGGCCACUUUGGGGAGGAGGUCCCCUUGCAUGGGGUCCCCCCGAUGCCUCCUCUGUCUCCUGCGGCCGCCGAGCGGGCCUGAGAAGAUGCCGCAGGCCGACUAUCGGAACACAGUGGUCCUGGGGUACUGGCCUAUGGAAUGUUGAACAUGGACCUCCAACAAUGCUAAAUCUACAAUGGGAAGUGUCACACUUCGCUAUUUCUGCUAUGGGUGCCUUUUUACAUCGGUGACCUGGACAGUUUUACUCUUUAUUUAUUUCAACUUUAGUGAAGUGACUCAGCCAUUUAAGAAUGUGCCCAUCAAGGGGUCUAAACCCCAAGGACCAUUCCCCAAGAAAUUCUAUCCUCGUUUUACUCGUGGCCCAAGUCGAUUAUUAGAGCCACAGUCGAAAGUCAACAAGGUUGGAUCUAUUUUAGAAAAUCAUGUUAAAGAUGCAGAUGGAGAUGACAUGGAGCUCUCUCCUGAAAUGGGUAUGAUUUUUAAUGAAAGAGAUCAGGAAGUAAGAGACUUGGGCUAUCAGAAGCAUGCCUUUAAUUUACUUAUCAGUAAUCGCUUGGGCUACCAUAGAGAUGUGCCAGAUACAAGAAAUGCAGAAUGUAAAGAAAAGUCAUAUCCAACUGACCUUCCAGCUGCCAGUAUUGUGAUUUGUUUCUACAACGAAGCCUUUUCUGCCUUACUUCGGACAGUACAUAGUGUCAUAGAUCGAACACCAGCCCAUCUCCUUCAUGAAAUUAUCUUGGUAGAUGACAAUAGUGAAUUUGAUGAUUUGAAAGGAGGGCUAGAUGAUUAUGUCCAAAAAUAUCUUCCUGGAAAAAUUCAGGUGGUUAGGAAUGAAAAACGAGAGGGAUUGAUUCGAGGAAGAAUGAUUGGAGCAGCUCAUGCUACAGGAGAAGUUCUUGUGUUCCUAGACAGUCACUGUGAGGUGAACAAGAUGUGGCUACAACCUUUGCUGGUUCCAAUUCAUGAAGACCAUAGGACGGUGGUAUGCCCUGUGAUUGAUAUUAUCAGUGCUGAUACACUUAUGUACAGCUCCUCUCCUAUCGUACGUGGAGGAUUCAACUGGGGUCUACACUUUAAAUGGGAUCUUGUUCCCUUUUCUGAAUUAGGAGGACCAGAAGGAGCUAUUGCACCGAUCAAGUCACCUACAAUGGCAGGCGGCUUAUUUGCUAUGAACAGACACUAUUUCAAUGAACUUGGACAAUAUGACAGUGGCAUGGAUAUCUGGGGAGGUGAAAAUUUAGAAAUAUCAUUUAGGAUCUGGAUGUGUGGAGGCAAGCUUUUCAUCAUCCCUUGCUCUAGAGUAGGACACAUUUUCCGGAAAAGGCGUCCGUAUGGGUCUCCUGAAGGACAGGACACUAUGACACACAACUCUUUAAGAUUGGCACAUGUUUGGUUGGAUGAAUAUAAGGAACAAUAUUUUUCUUUGAGACCCGAAUUGAAGUUGAAAAGCUAUGGAAACAUCAGUGAACGUGUUGAAUUGAGGAAAAAACUGGGCUGUAAAUCAUUUAAAUGGUAUUUGGAUAAUAUCUACCCAGAGAUGCAACUGUCUGGCCCCAAUGCCAAACCACAACAACCUGUUUUUAUUAACAGGGGACCCAAACGACCCAAAAUUCUGCAACGUGGACGGCUCUAUCACCUCCAAACAAAUAAAUGUUUGGCUGCUCAGGGUCACCCAAGUCAGAAAGGAGGACUUGUAGUUCUUAAGGUCUGUGAUUACAGCGAUCCAAAUCAGGUCUGGAUUUAUAAUGAAGAACAUGAAUUGAUUUUAAAUAAUCUCCUUUGCUUGGAUAUGUCAGAAACUCGUUCAUCAGAUCCACCGAGACUCAUGAAGUGCCAUGGAUCAGGAGGAUCCCAACAGUGGAUACUUGGGAAAAACAGUCGACUCUACCAGGUAUCAGUUGGGCAGUGUCUGAAGGUGGUUGAUCCAUUGAGUCGAAAAGGCUAUGUUACUAUGGCAAUCUGUGAUGGCUCCUCCCCACAGCAGUGGUAUUUGGAGACCUAAGAUCUUUGAAGAUGCUGAAGUUCGAGGAAGUCAUGAUGUUCCUCACUCCUGGACAAGAGUGAUGCUUUGGAGAGUUGACUGGGGAGACAAAUCAAAUUCCUUAGCUGUUAUCUCUGAUUGGCAGUGUCUGCUAGAGGAAAUCCUUUCCUCCUUUUACUUUGUAGAUUUCUGGGGAGAGACUGUAUCAAAGCCCCAGAGUUUCCCCUAAAAUGCCUACAGCAGAUAAAGAAAUGCAAUCCAGCAAGAGACAUUAAGUGGAAAUUCCCCAUUCACAAAGAGAAAUUAGAUUUUGAUUUUUAAACUAAAGAUUUUUUUAAAAGGAAAAGCAAAGAAAAACCAAACAUUUUUUGCUUUCUUUAUAGACUCAUGCUUCAUUUUAGUUGAUUUGGGGAAAAAAAAAAAACAUCAAUGGUUUUAACCUAGAAAUAAUACUGUUUUUUGAUCCUUGAAAGAACAUUCAAGAGAAAUUAUUUUCUAGAACUAUUUUAAAAGUUUCUUUCAUCUUGUAUAUCUUAGACAGAUGAAUCACUUUAAGUGGUUUAAAUAAAUUGUUUCUUUUACCUGCAGUGGCAUUAUUUGUAGAUCCAUAUUUAAAGAGAAAAGUACUAUUACAAAUUUAUUUUGCUUAAUUAUGAUAUUUACAUUUACAAUAAAUUUUGUUUACCCAUUA